AUGAUGGAUUCCAAUUCUGUAAAUGAUAAUUUUGAUUAUUUACUUCAAUUGACCAAAGUGUUGACAUCGGAAUGUAGAUCAAGUAGAGCAGCUACGGAUAGAAUCGAAUCAUUAUUAAAACGUGUUGCUACUCAAUCUAAUAUUCCAUAUGAUACUUUAUCGAAGGCCACCGGCAAAAGAAACAAUAGCGAAGAUAAUACUACCACUACUGAUGUAUUGAAUGAGAAGGAACAACUGAUUUUGGAAAAUUAUAAGUUAAUUUAUAUGAUUGAACAAGAAGAAUACUUGAAAAAAAAAUUAUGGGAAUUGAUUAAGAAUAUAAAUGAUCAUAUUUUAUCGGUUAAAAAUUUUAUUAUACAACAAAAAUUAGAUAAAAUUGAAGAUUUUGAUAAUUUCAUGUUUGAAAAUUUUGAUUCCCUUGAAAUUAAUUUUUUUAAUAAUAUCCAAAUUUUGGAAAAUUCAAAUGGAAUUACGAAGGGUAAGAUUGCUUUAAUUGUGAAUGAAUUUAAAGAAAAUUACAAAGAAAUUGAUUGGAAUUUAAUCCCAAAGGAUUCAAAAUAUUAUGCUAAUUUACAUUGGAAGAUAUCACAAUUCGAAUCAAUGUACAAUGAGAAACUAACAUGA